AACAAAAGCCAGUCGUUAGCUUUCAUGCUGGCCGACCAGGGUUACGAUGUGUGGUUCGGGAACUUUCGGGGGAACACUUAUUCGAAGGCUCACGUUAAUCUGACCACCAACGAUAAAAGAUUUUGGGACUUCAGCUGGCACGAAUCAGGUAUUUACGAUCUACCGGCGAUGCUCACUCAUAUUGUGAAAACGAAACAAAACUUGGUGAGGGCCUACAUCGGACACUCGAUGGGUACAACAGCUUUCUUUGUCCUAUCUAGCGAACGACCGCAGAUAGCACGACUGGUGCAAUCAGCGUACCUCUUAGCCCCGAUCGCGUAUGUGAAAUACCUGCAAUCUCCCGUACUCCGAUUUUUAGCCUCCAUUAAUGAAACCUUGAAGAAAUUAAUUGAUGACGUCUCACAUGGCGAGAUUCUACCGAACGAUAUUCUUGUUAAGAUUUUUAGGAAAUACAUCUGUUAUUUCAAUACUCUGGAAGAAAAAGUUUGCUCUAAUCUGUUGUUCCUUCUAUUCGGAUUCGACAAUACGGAAUUUGAUUACCAAUUAAUGCCUAAGUACAUGAAUAACUUUCCGGCUGGUGCAUCUGCCAAGCAAUUCGCACAUUACUACCAAUUGAUUAACUCCGGAGAUUUUAGACAAUACGACUACGGUAAAGACAAAAAUUUGAAGAUUUAUAAUAGCAUCGAACCACCGAAGUAUAAUAUAUCGAGGAUCAUAACACCGAUC